AUGGAGAAAAGUCCAGAGGUAGAUGAUGUCACAUCUACUGAUGCAGGAACACUCCUGUUUGAUGCAGACACUUUACGAGGUGAAAAGAAAAAGAAAAAUGUUUUUUUCAUUCCAUAGUAUGGUUUCAACAGUUGAAAACUUGAAUUCGGUUAAAGGGAAGACCUUACCCAUUCACAAGAACAUUUUUUUCAUGUGUAGUCCCAGAUAUAAAACCCCGGCUUGGAGUAGGCCAAACAAGAGCAAAUGAUGAUCACAUUGGUUUUCGCAAAAACGCCUUGUAAAAUCACUGAAAAAAUUUUAAUUUGCUGCAUUAGCAAUUGCAGAGGUUUACAAGAAUUGGGGUAACGAGGAGUACAACAAGAAGAAUUACAGCAGCGCCAUUAGCUACUACACAGACGGAAUUAAAGUGAACUGCAAGGAUAAAGAACUGACUGCCAAACUGUACAGUAACAGGGCGGCAGCGCAUUUUAAUUUGAGUAAGAAGUUGCCAUUGUAGUUAGUUAUCGUGAUGUUACAUUUACCUUGAACUCAUUAAAGAUCUUUUUAAGUAGUGGUUCUGUAUAUAAGAACAAUUAUCAACAAUCACUGAAAGCGUCAGCCUUUGCUACUCACGCUUUGUGGAAUGCUGCUUAAAAAAAGUUGACAGACUACACAACAACUGCUUCUCCUAAUAUCUACUUGCAGUAGCUGUUCAUUCACUAUUUUUCACAUAGACCAUAAUGCACAUUAAUUGCUUACCUCCAAAAUCUUGAAUGUCCAUUGUUUUCAAUUUCUCGUGGGUAUUACAGUCGUCCCAAGAAAAAGCGAAGAGAAUAGUUAUGCAAGAUUUUCUUUUCCAUUUUUUAUUUGGGAGGGUGGGGGGGGGGGGGGGGGGGGGGGGGGGGGGGGGGGCGGGUAAAAAAGGUGCAUUAUAGUGUAUAUGGAAAUGGUGAAUAGGCCAUUUUACAGUUGUGGAUGGGAGCGAGGCUGAGGGUGACCUUGUUUUGAUACAAACCUUCCUGCUUUAUUAUGUCAAUCAAGUUAUUCUUAUGCAAACUAGUAUUUUUCGAGAACAAUUUCCAUAACAAAGCAGAGAGGGUUUGUAUCAAAACAAGGUCACCCUCAGCCUCGCUUCCAUCCACAACUGUAAAAUGGUUUGUUAGUGGGAUCCCAGGCUAAAUGCGUGCAAUUCCACAAUAUUGGUUUCGGCUUUAUGAAAUUUUUUUACCAAUAGCAGAAGAUUUGGGAGCAGCCACUGCACACACAACGCGAGAACAAAUACUGACAGGUCACGAUACUAAGGAAUGCAAUGUCUAUUUUAAAGUACUACUAAGUCAACCUCGUCCCUAGGGCUUUUCCCUUAAAAAAUGGGUUGGGCGCCCCACCUAUUUUUUAAGGGAAAAGCCCUGCGGACGAGGCUGCUUCUAAGUGACAAAAAGUUCAAAAGAUACAGUACAACAAUUAAGAAUUAUAUGAAAGUGUCAACUUAAACUGCGUUUUUGGGUGUGUUAUUUAUUUUUCCUCAGAGAAUUACACUGAAACACUGAAUGAUGCCAAAACUGCCAUAGACGUACAACCAUCAUUUGUAAAGGCUUUUGUGCGAGGUAUGUCGACUAUGGGCCAAUCGAUCCUGACUGCGAUUACUGAUUUGCUUGUGUAUAACUAGCAAAACUCACCAACAUCUUUCCUAAAAUAAACGUUUAUGAUUCAAAAUAACGCAAGACAAACUGCGCUCAGCUUAGGGGCUGUUAACAGCCGUUUUCACUCUAGAGACGGAUAAACAGACAAUUUAAGUCAGACAGAUUACUCGUCAAAAUUAAAGCCGUUCCGUUUUCACAUUGAGACAGAUUGUUUGUCUGAAGCGAAUUACUCAACGGAUAACCCUUCUGGGACGGAUGGGAAAAUGGCCAUUGAUGUUUUCAGUUACCAUGACAACAAAUGUGUUUUCUCUCAGUAGACCUCAGUAAUGUUGGACUUUUCAGAUUUAUUUACCACGAAAUUCUUAUAGAGAGUUAUCUUGCUCUGGAGUGGGUUACGUUAAUUAGACUAUUGUUUUUUUGUGUGUGUUUUCGCGCACCAAUCUCAUUCUUCCCAGGUUUACUUAUUGCCUAAUUUCAAACCGAGAGUGGUUGUGUACGAGUCCGUUUAUAAGGCGAUAAACAACAAAAAAUCCAGAUAGUCAGAAAGAGCACAUUGAGGUUAGCAACAUUUCCAAAUUUGGUAAAAAAUAUAUAGACAUCCAGCAAUCCAUAUAUCUCUUAUAAAUUUUUAAGUUUAUCUUGUUCAAUAUUCCCACGAUUGACACCAAACUUUAGCUUAUAUCUGAAUAGCAUUUACAGCCUAAAUGUGUUUUAGCCUGAGCUUUUUUUCUUAACAGGGGCAAGUGCCUGCGUUCAGUUGAAACUAUUCAGCGAGGCCAUCACGUGGUGUGAAAAAGGAUUAGAAGUAUCUUUUACUGAAGUUUACAGAGGAAGUCGAUUUAGAGAUCAUUUCUUCACAAACCUUCUUCAUUUUUCUUCUAUUCACUGUUGAAAAUAUUUCUAGUGCAGACUCACAUGCAUUUAAGACUAAAUACAUCAAUAGGUGCCUUGUACAAAGCAGACCUAUAAGCCUUUGCAAUCUAUCCUUCUCACUAAAAAUAGUGAGGUGUAAACGUGCAGUGAAGUGGAGCAGUUUUAAUUAAAUAUUUGGUCGUUAAUACACAGCACGUACUUUACAAUACACUCAUGGGUUUAUAUCUCCAAGGAAACUAAGGGAGACUCUAGAUAAUUUAUUUCAAGGGCAGAAACUUGGCAGGUUUUUAAAUUUCUUGACAAUUGAACUUGUACAAGAUCGACCAGAAUAACCAGAAGCUGUUGGAUUUACUGGAUAGGUCUGUGAGAGAACAAAAGAAGCUGAACGUAAAUAAUUACGGAGAACAGGUGAGAGUGAUGGAGAAAGGGCUUGGAUUGCGUUAUUUCCGCGUUUUUGAAUAUGCUUUUCAGAGAUGUUAACUUGGAGGUCUCAUCUUACUGUACAGUAUCGAUACGGUAGGCUAGAGAAGCAUAUACCCUCCUUUAGCAAAUAAUAUUAAAUGAGGUGCUGAUCCACCUCUGAUCGAUCUGUUUACGUAGCUUGGCCCCACACGGGUGGGUGUAUACAAAUCCCUGGCUAGCCUACCUUACGGCCUACCCUAUGGACCACCCUAAAUUUUGUAAUUUUGCUGAAAUAACAAAACAACAGGCCUGAGCAAAGCAAAAGAGAUAAGCAGAGAAGAGAAAAUAGCUCGCGCGUAUAUAAAGGAAAGUACUUAUAGCUGAAAUAUGCAGUCAGUAUGUGCCGAAAGGACUGCUUAGGUCACAGGGAGUGGAGGGGUUAUUUGUGACCUUGCCUGUUGUUAAAUGUUUUAGCUAAUAGCUCUGUUCGCCUGUGUCUACUGUUAAGAAUCGGGUCCUGAGGUUGGAAUCGAUAACAAUGAACAAUCCACUGCGUGUGUUAGAUCAUGAUAAGACCAAUUACAACACCUACAGAAAAUAAACAAUUAUUUGAAUUGUCCUAAAUGAUUUUCAGUUUCUCCAAACUUCUGUCGUAUUUGUUCUUUAAAAGAAAAAUUUCGAAAUUAAAGACUUUCUCGAUACUAUACUUUUUGGAACGCAUCACCCCUCUUUACGGAAUGAUAUAUUUCCAGAUGAUGAAAAUGUAAUGUAACAUAUGUCAUAAAUCAUGUACGUUAUUUAUUUCACAGAAAAAUUGCACGAAGGCGACAUACACAGUAGGCGACCUUGGUACUUUUGGUAAAAUUGACAACUUUGAGAACAGGUCAGGAGAAGGAAAGGCGUAUGGCCGGGGCAAUGAUCUUUACAACGCCUCUCACAGUUUGAGAGAUUUUGAAAAAGCCAUAGACAACUAUGAACGUCUCCUAAAAAUUGCGAAGCAGUUGGGUAACAGAACGGAAGAAGGAGCGGCGUAUUGCAAUCUGGGCAUCAUCCGUCGCAAACAAGGAGAUUUUAAAACAGCCGUAGACUACCAUGAACGACAUCUAAAAAUUGCGAAAGAAUUGGGUGACACAUCGGGUGAAGGAAAGGCGUAUUGCAAUCUUGGCAAUGUCUAUCACGAUAUGGGAGAUUUUAAAACAGCCAUAGACUACCAUGAAAGUAAUCUAAAAAUUACAAAAGAAUUGUGCGACAGAUCGGGAGAAGGAAAGGCGUAUGGAAAUCUCGGAAACGCGUAUCACAAGCUGGGAAGUUUUAAAACAGCUAUGGACUACCAUGAACGUUGUCUAGAAGUUGCGGAAGAAUUGGAUGACACUUCGGGAAAAGGAGUAGCGUAUUGCAAUCUUGGCAACGUCUAUCACAGUAUGGGGGAUUAUAAAAAAGCUAUAGAAUACCAUAAACAAAGUCUAAAAAUUGCUGAAAACUUGGGAGACAGAUCGGGUGAAGCAAAAGCGUAUAGCAAUCUUGGAUGCGCCUUUGACGGUUUGGGAGAUUUUAGAAAAGCCAUAGACUACCAUGAACGUGAUCUUAAAAUUGUAAAAGAACUAGGGGACAGAUUGGGAGAAGGAGAGGCGUAUAACAAUCUUGGCAUCGCCUAUCGCAAUCUGGGAGAUUUUAAAAAAUCCAUUGAUUUUUUUAAACUUUAUCUAAAACUUUCCACACAAUUGGGUGACAGAUCGGGAGAAGGAAGGGCGUAUUGCAACUUGGCCGUUGCUCAUAACAGUAUGGAAAAUUUUAAAAUAGUCAUACACUGCUAUAAACGUCAUUCGGAAAUCGCGAAAGAAUUGGGUGUCAGGUGGAGAGAGGGAGAGGCAUAUGGCAAUCUUGGUGACGCCUAUCACAGACUGGGAGAAUUCAAAACAGCCAUAGACUACUAUGAACGGUGUCUGGAAAUUGCGAAAGAACUGGGUGACAGGUCGAGAGAAGGAGCGGCGUAUGGUGAUCUUGGCAACGUCCAUUACAGACUGGGAGAUUUUAAAACAGCCUUAGACUACCAUGAACGGCAUCUCAAAAUUGCGAGAGAACUGGGUGACAGAUCGAGAGAAGGAGUGGCGUAUGGCGCUCUUGGCAACGUUCUUGUUAGUCUGGGAGAUUUUAAAACAGCCAAAGACUACCAUGAACAACAACUAAAGAUUGCGAAAGAAUUGGGUGACACGUUGGGAGAAGGAGUGGCGUAUGGCGCUCUUGGCAACGCUGUUGUCAGUCUGGGAGAUUUUAAAACAGCCAAAGACUACUAUGAACAACAACUAAAAAUUGCGAAACAAUUGAGUGACACAUUGGAGGAAGGAGUGGCGUAUGGAAAUCUUGGCAACACCCAUUACCAUAUGGGAGAUUUUAAAACAGCCAUAGACUACUAUAAACGACUACUAAAAAUUGCCAAAGAAUUGGGUGACACAUCGGGAGUAGGAAAGGCGUAUGGCAAUCUUGGCAACGUUUAUCGCAGUCUGGGAGAAUUUAAAGCAGCCAUAGACUACUAUGAAGGUGAUCUUAAAAUUGCGAAAGAACUGGGUGACAAAUCGGAAGAAGGAAAUGCGUAUGGAAGUCUUGGAAACGUCUAUUACAAUCUGGAAGAUUUUAAAACAGCUUUAGACUACCAUGAACGUGCUCUAAAAAUUGCGGAAGAAUUGGAUGAAACGUCGGGAAAAGGAGCGGCAUAUUGCAAUCUUGGUAACGUCCAUUACAGACUGGGAGACUUGAAAACAGCCCUAGACUACCAUAAACGUCAUUUGAAAAUUGCGAAAGAACUGGGUGACAGAUCGGGAGAAGGAAACGCGCAUGGAAAUCUUGGAUGCACCUUCGAAAGUCUGGGAGAUUUUGAAACAGCCAUACAUCAUUAUGAACGUCACCUAGACAUUGCGAAAGAAUUGAGUGACACAUUAGGAGAGGCGAAAGCUUGUUGGAAUUCAGGUACAUUUUAUGAAUAUCUAGGCCAAGUUCCAAUGGCUAAGGGAUACUAUCAGAGCAGUAUUACUUUGUUAAAUAAUAUCAGAGAUCGUCUUCAAUUUGACGACAAGUUGAAAAUAAGCUUUCGUGAUCGAUACCAAGGAAUAUACGCUGCACUUUGGCGCUUGAUGUUAAGAGAAGGCAAGUUUACUGAGGCUUUGAUUUCUGCGGAGAAGGUUCGGGCACAGGGUCUAAGAGAUCUUAUGGUAUUUAAUUAUGGAUUUGAAGUGAAUGAUAUUGAAUCAAGUGAAGAUCACAGGUCCUUUCCUCCGAAUACCAUAUUUAUGGCAAUUGUAGAAAACGAAUUAGUCUUUUGGGUUUGUCAGAACUGGAAGGAGGUUAAAUUAAGAAAAAAGGAAGUCAGUUCCCAGUUUGACACUAGCACUUAUUUACAGUCUCUUGUCGAUGAUAUGGGUGAAAGUGCCUUGAAUACACUAUACGACAUCAUCAUUGAUCCUAUUAAAGAUCUGUUUUCGGGAAAUGAACUCAUAUUCGUGCCUGAAGGCCCACUUUGCUUGGCUCCCUUUGCUGCAUUUAAGGGCCCAAACUCCGAACACCUCUGUGCAUCAUUCAGAAUUCGCUUGAUUCCAUCUCUCACCAGCUUGAAAAUGAUUGGAGAUUGUCCGGUAGAUUAUCACUGUAAGUCUGGCGUGCUUCUUGUUGGUGACCCAUGGGUGCAAGAAGUGACAGAGCGAGAGCAGUUGCCAUAUGCCAAAGAGGAAGUAGAGAUGAUUGGUGAAAUGCUUGGUUGUACACCUCUUGUUGGAAGACAGGCCACAAAGGAUGCGGUAUUAAGACGAAUCGGUUCGGUUGCUUUGGUGCACAUCGCUGCACAUGGCAGCAUGGAAACGGGCGAAAUUGCCUUGGCGCCAGAUGAUGCUAAGAUGGAUUUCAUUUUGACAAUGAGAGAUGUACUGCGUGUUAAAAUGCGUGCGAGACUGGUUGUACUCAGCUGUUGUCAUAGUGCUCAAGGAGAGAUAAAAGCAGAAGGCGUGGUUGGCAUAGCACGGGCAUUUUUGGGUGCUGGUGCUCGUUCUGUUCUGGUGUCGUUGUGGGCGAUUGAUGACAAGGCCACUCUUGAGUUUAUGAAAAAUUUCUAUCAAUUUCUUGUGACAGGAAAAAGUGCCAGUGAAGCCUUAAACCAAGCAAUGAACUGCAUGAGAGAAUCUGAGGAAUUUGGUGUAGUCAAGUACUGGGCACCGUUUGUGCUCAUCGGUGAUGACGUCACAUUAGAAUUGUCAGGAUACGAAUAA